CUCCUGAUGCGUGUCCCACGGCGGACGAACGGCAACGAAACGUUUUGCCCCCAGCAGAGGAGGAGGCUCCUGCAUUCUUUUCGAUUGAGAAUCUGAAGGUUGCACAGGUGCAGGCGGUGGGCGGGACGCUGCUAGGCUUCUCGAUUGGCUUCGUUCCAGUCUAUGCCUAUAUGUAUUUGAUGUCUACUGACUGCUCGAUGUACGAGUCGCAGACGGCCUGUGACACUGUGUUGAACGCGAAAUGUACGUGGAAUGCGGUGCGAGGGAAAUGUGGCUGGAGGGACUUCACUUGCUAUUGGAGUCACGGUAAAAAUGAGGCUGCGUGCCUCGCGGACGACAGGUGCAAGUGGAUGUACGGUGACAAGGAGUGCAAGAACCCGGUUGGCUAUAGCGCGUCCUACAGUGGUAUCUUUGCUGGUGCGAUGAUUCUUGGCUGCAUGCUUGGGUCGAUCUAUGCCGGGCAUUUUGUUGCGAAGUUUGGCCACAAGGUGUCGUUUCUGGUUAUUGGCAUCGUUGAAGUUGUGUCUUCUGUGCUGUACCAUGUUUCCUCGGCAACGACUGAGUUUUGGGUGAUGUGUGUUGGUCGUCUGCUGAUUGGCGCUGCACUCGGUAUUGUGUGCGUCGUCUGCCCCAUGUAUGUUGACCAGAACGCUCACCCGAAGCUUUCUGGAGUGGACGGCGUCCUGUUCCAGGUGUUCAUUACGUUUGGCAUCAUGUUUGCUUCCGCGAUGGGUUUGGCUCUUGGACAAAGCGUGCAGUUUGACAAGGAGACCAGGAUGCAGGCCCGCAUGCAGGGCUACUGCGCCUUUUCGACGCUGAUUUCGUUCCUCAUGAUUUUGCUUGGCAUCUUUUUGGGCGAUAGCAAGACGAAGUUUACGACAGGCAAGCACGAGGACAAUGACGAUGCGCUGGACCCGAAUGAGUACGGCUACCUGCAGAUGCUCGGCCCUAUGGUGAUUGGGAUUGUGAUGGAUAUAGCGACACAGCUGACUGGCAUUAAUGCGGUGAUGAACUAUGCACCGACGAUCAUGAGCAACUUGGGGAUGGUGCCUCUUGUGGGCAGCUUUGUGGUGAUGCUAUGGAACUUUGUGACGACACUUGCUGCGAUUCCACUUGCCUGGUACUUCACGAUCCGUAGGAUAUUUCUCGUUGCCACACUUGCGGCGUCGGUGUCGUGUCUGUUUCUGUGCGGGAUCCCUGUGUACCCCGGCGUUGCCAGUACCAACGUGAAGAACGGUGUUGCGAUCACUGGCAUUGCCAUAUUCAUUGCCGCGUUUGAGUUUGGCCUUGGACCGUGCUUAUUUGUGCUUUCUCAGGAGCUGUUUCCACGCUCGUUCCGUCCGAAGGGUUCGUCGGUUGUGAUGGUGGUCCAGUUUCUCUGCAAUCUCAUCAUCAACGUCUGCUACCCAAUUGCGACGGAGGGCAUGUCCGGUGGUCCGUCCGGCAACCAGGACAAGGGCCAGGCGAUCGCCUUCAUCUUCUUUGGUUGCGUUGGAUUUGUUUGCUUUGUUGUGGAAGUGUUUUUCCUGUUCCCGUGGGAAGAGAAGGCGCCUCAGAGCCGCGGCGACGCCGACGAAGGCUCCGUGCCAGCAGAGCAGCAUCCACCGAUUGAGGUUGCCACCCCUGGUAACCAUCAGGCUGCGUGA